AUGGCCUGGAGCAGCGCUGCUGGAGGUUUGUAUGUGUUUGGAGGGUCUGGCGGGAGCUAUCGCUAUCUAAAUGACCUGUAUCUCUAUGUUGUUGAGGCAACGCAGUGGCACCAUAUACCCAACAAUUGGCAAGCGCCCAGCCCGCGCAGUGGGCACGCCAUGGCCUGGAGCAGUGCUGCAGGAGGCCUGUAUGUGUUUGGAGGAAGUGAUGAUAUCGGCAGAGGAGCCGCCCAUAAUGACAUAUUCUUUUUGCCCGAGGUCAAUGUGACUGUUGCUGUUGCGCCUGUGGAUGUGGGCCAAAAGGACAUCAUCGUGCCAGCUGUGGCCAUUUCAAGUGGUGCGUUCUUCCUGUUGCUCACAUUCUGCGCAUUCUAUAAGCGACAACUACGACUCAAGGAGGCUGCUAGCAAGCUGAAGAAGGACUUGGAGCUGAACAACCCGUUGGCCAUCAAGAACUUCUUCCUCUACUCUGUGUCUAAGCAAACCCCAGUGAACCUGGUAAUCUUUCUUUGCGCGAAAGAACGCGGGCCAAUUUGUAUUGCGUACAAAGACGUGCUUUUUUCGGCUCGGCUUGGCACUUUGGGAGAGGUUAUAGGCAGUGUCGGAGGAGGAAUUUAA